GAGGCACACAUCAAAAUGGCCGCAUUUUAGUCUACAGACGAUUUUUCUUUACUGUUUGCCAAUAGCCGUGUAAAGGGCCUGGCAGUGUUCCCGAAAGUGGCAGAUCUGUUUCGCCGGAAAUUUUGCCGUUGAACAACCAGAAAAUUUUCGUGAAAUAGAACAAACUUCGAUCCUGCAUAACUUUUUAUAUAAUGAUACGUCACCAACAUCAUACAAUGCAAAACCAGCUUCGAGAUCAUAAUAGAAUGGGAGGUCCGAUGCGUCCUAUGCAACAGGCUAAUAUGGCCCCUUUACAUCAGCCUCAGCAUCCGUUACCGCAUCGGAAUCCACAUCAACAAAUACUGUCCAUGCCCCCCCAUCAACAACACAUUCAUCACAUGCAACAUCCUGGACCACCACAUGGAAAUCCAAGACAACCAAUGUUGAUGGGCAUGAAUGCACACAAUACAAACGGUACUAUGGUUAGUGUCAGUCUAAAAGACCAAGCAAACACUGUCUCUGUGACUCUACAAAAUCCGAACGUGCAACCCCCACAAUAUUCACAGCAACAAAAUAAUCAACAGAAUCCUUCUCCUCAGCAACACGUGCAGCAACAGCAAUCGAUAGAACAAAACAAACCAGCCACAAAUGAAAAUAACAAUGGAGAGUCCAGAGAUCAGAGUCCGCCGAACCAGAAUCACAUUAACGUAACUGAUCCAGCUUUGGCAAACAUGAAAGAAAAAACACCAAUGUGCUUAUUGAAUGAGUUAGCACGUUUUAAUAAGAUUCAGCAUCAAUAUAGGUUGACUAAUGAACAAGGACCAGCGCACAAAAAACGGUUCACAGUAACACUGAAACUUGGACAAGAGGAAUACAUUGCUGAGGGUCCCAGCAUAAAGAAAGCUCAACAUAGUGCUGCAACUGAAGCGUUAACCAAGACCUGGUAUCAACGGCCUCCACCGAAACCCACAAAGGCGAUGAGAGUAGCGCAUCCAGAAAAGUGGUUUAGCGGUUCCGGGAAUCUGCCUCCUACCGUUGAAUUAAAUGCUUUGGCUAUGAAGAGAGGAGAACCCACUGUUUAUACUAUCCGACAAGCUCCCCCAGCAGGAUUACAGCAAUACGUUACACACGGUCUAGGACAUUUCCCUCGAAUAUUUAAUCCACGUUUUCCAACAUAUAAUCGUGGGUUCCACACAGAACCUCAAUUAUAUUUUGUAUCUUUAAAAGUAGGAGAACGUGAAUUUAUCGGUAGAGGUCUGACAGGUCAAGCAGCGCGACAUGACGCAGCAAGUAAAGCUUUAGAACAAUUACGCCAAUUACCAUUACCGGAAGAAAUAGCAAAUACCUGUAACACGGGCGAAAAUGGUACAUUAAACGACGCUAAAGAUCCAAUCGCUGAAUUAAAAAGUCCUGUAUCGUUGGUUUACGAGAGAGCGUUAAAACGUGGUUUACCAGUUAGUUUUGACGUUGUAUCGGAAGUCGGUAAGCCUCAUAUACGGACAUUUAGAACGAAAUGUACUGUCGGUGAUAAAAUUACAUUGGGAGAAGGUCCUUCGAAGAAAGUGUCGAAAAGACAUGCAGCAGAGUUCAUGUUAAAAGAACUCAAUCGUUUGCCUCCAUUGCCCGAGACUAUACAAAAUCGUCCGAUGCGAGUAAAACGCAAACCACCGGCGACGAAGAAGAAAUCACGAAAUUUAAUAAAAGUAUAUCAGGAACCACGUUCCGAGUCUGAAGCUGCUGAGGAAGUGAGUCCAGUCUCACGACUGGUUCAGAUACAACAAGCUAAACGAGAGAAGGAGCCCGUUUACAAUUUAAUCGAGCAAAAGGGUGCACCGAGACGAAGAGAAUUCGUAAUGAAAGUUACUAUGGGACAGCAUUCCGCCGACGGAACAGGCCCUAACAAAAAGCUGGCUAAACGAGCAGCAGCAGAAGCUCUUUUAUCUCAAUUAGGUUACAGUAAGCCACAACCACAGCCCACAAAACCGUCGAUUAAAACAGGAGAGAGCGAGAACACUGAAUCGAAGCCUAGAAAAGUUACUUUCCUGGAAGACGAACAGAUCAAUGAAACCCCAUCGCAUCCCGUAGGAGGAACUAUCGGACGUCAGUUAGUACCUGGACUUUUAUUAGUGGACGGAGGUCAGGAAUCUAAAUUAGGUAGUGGACCUAGUGUACAAAUUAUUGCUGAAGAACUACGAGGACAACAACAAAACCCAGUUACGGUUUCUCCUAAAGAUCAAUUGAAAUAUCUUUCUCAAUUGUUUAACUUCAGCGUGGAAUUCAAUGAUUUUCCCAAGGGCGCGGUGAAUAAGGAAUAUCUAUCGCUGGUAACAUUGAGUACAGAUCCACCUCAAGUUUGUCAUGGCAAUGGGCCGACCAGGAACGCAAGUCGUAAUCAGGCAGCGUUAAAAGCUCUACGGACUCUAAGCAAGCUGGGUCUCGACAAUGCCUCUAAUUCACAAACGAAAAAGGAUAAAGUUGUUGAAUGAACUUAUCGCUGGGAAAAUGACACUUCUCGAUCAGUCUCUCUGGGCCUUAUUACACGAUAACUUCACACAUUGAAUCACCGAUGACUCGGUCUUCGCAUAUUACGCCAUUACUUCUGUUAACAUAAUGGACCGCGUAUUAUGGAAGAUCGGUAGAUUUUAUGGAGGAUCAGUCUUUUGCAGUGCCUUAAUCGCGUCAGGAAAACUGCUCAAGCACCAAUAACAAAUCAAGUCAUUAAUUAAAGCACACAGAAAUGCCUUUCUUUUACAAGUGACAAGAAAUGAUCGUUUCGCAUCAGCCUCCCCGACAGGCUUCUGCGAGCAAUUACCAUCUUGAAGCGUCAAUGGUACAAAAGCGUAGGUUUUACGCAUGACGAUUGCGUAUCAGGGGACAUGAUUUAAAUUAAAAGUUUUUUCUACGCUUAAAGAACUACAGUAUAGUACUUCGAGAUAUAAGGAUUCUUAUUGGUGCUUGACCAAGAUUGUGAUCCUAACAGUGGUCGUCGAUUCUACCAUAUUUAUUAUAACAAUUUCAUUGAUAGGACCACAAUCGGUAAACACGAGUUGUGUAGACGUCGUAACUGAAUGAAAAAAAUGGUCAUUCUCCAGAAAGUCGUGGUUUAUGAUCAUGAAAACAUUGUAGAAACGUUUAAGUGAAAGAAUAUUGAAAUCUGAGAUGAAAUGCGGCCAUCUCUUAAUUUCUCUAUUUAAUCCUUGGCUUUCUCAUUCUUCGCGAGAUAGAAUGUCUGGUUAUGUCUUAUUACCUGAUACCAGCGCAUAUGAAUCAGUGAAAUCAUUUUUGGUGGAUCCUUUAUUUACAUAGAUCCAAAUAGGAAGAGAAAAUACGUUUAACAAAAAUUGCCUUAAUUACAUACGACAAUUUUUUCACCGUUUUGUUGAGCAAAGCGGCACCUUUUGUAUUAACGGUUAUUUUAUAUAUAACGAUUGGUACGAAAAACGAAGCGCAUUUCUUCGAUAUAAAAUUUGACUAGAAAUUUCUGAAGAGUUACGUGUCUUAAGUGUCUUCAAUUGAUUAGUAAAAAUCUUCUGAUUCUUAUUGCUCCGUUAUAUUCAUACCCGACAAUGUUUGUUUCAAUUACAAAAUAUAACACGAUUUUGAACAUUCAUUGAGGACUCUUUAACGUGCAUGAUAAAUCUACGAAUUUCCGUUCAACUCUAUGAUAUUGAAGAAAGGUAAUGUGAUAUAUUCAUAUGAUCGCCCCAAUUUGCUUUUUCGUGGGGCCUAGAAGCACUCUGGGGUUAUAUAUUCGUGUUUUGCAAGGUAUUGAGAAGUAAAGGACAUUCAAAUUUUCAUACAUCCGUUAUUCAUUAAGGAACUCGAAACGAUUCUGGAUGUAUCGGAAAUUGUAAUAGGAAAUUGGUAAUAAUUCAAAAUUUGUCCCGUUGCAUCACAAUCAUGAGCUUAUUGAUGAGAAGCAACGUAACAACACUCUCGAAACGACGUCAUGAAUUUUGUCUUAUUGCCAAGUGUAAUUUGUAACGAUGUUGAGGCGACGAUAAAACAAAAAAAAAGACACAAUAAUGAAUGAAGAUAAUGUCCAGAGGUCAAGUUUAAAUCGUAUCUUCGUCUAGCGGCAAAAGAAGAAGAAUACGAUCACCGCGGUUCUUGCUGAAAACUUAUCUUAUAUUCAUUAUUGUCAUUAAAUUAUUCAAAAGAUUUCGCAAAUGUUAUGCAACAGUGACGAGAAAAGAACAAAAAAAAAGAAAAAGAACUUACGCAAGCGAUAUUGUUAAAUUACGGUAACACGAUUGUUUUUACCAUGAUCUGUAAUACAGCUUCAUAUCGCGGAGUUCUAGAGGACAAAGGAGAGAAAUUGUGGAGUUCGUAAAAGAAAUGAUCCGUGUAAAUAAAUCUUAGCUUUUAGAAUAAAAAUCGAAUUGUAUUGUUUACCUCGUACAACAGUUAGGUUCAUAUUGCUAUCAGAUAAUAAGAUCACGCUGCAAGUAUUACCAUGAACUGAUAGAAAAUGCUGUUAACUCAACUUUCGAAUUUUUUACAAGGGUUGUUUCUGGUAUGAACUCCUACUGCUUAUAUAUUAUUUACAAAACCAAUUUUUCUUUCAGACAACUUUUCGUAAUGCGCGAUACCUUCCGAAAUUAUUUAUAUAGAUCAUUCGAGGACGAGUUAAUGAAUGUUCCUUUUUCUGAGAUAUCGCUUCAUAGGUGGGCCUUCCUUCUUCCCGUGGGAUUCACUGUUUCAAAAUAAAAAGAAAAAAGAACAAGGGAAAUGAUUCAAUGCUACUUUCUCUCUCUC